AAUCAGCAUGCCAUUAGCGGGCUUCGCAGGAAGCUGUUUAUGAUGGCAGCGCGGCGCUAAUUAGCCUCAUGAACUAACACAUCUGCCCGCACCGAGUCACGGAGGAAAGCGAUCACGUCCAUGGAUUAGUGCGGGAAGCAAACGGACACUUUUUUUUUUAUUCUUCGCCGCGCGCGCUGCAACUUUUUUCCCCCCUCAAGUCUGCUUGGAAGUGUUUCUUUCCUUCUUACACUGGGGAACCCGGACUAUCACGCCAUGUUCCAGCCGACACCCAAGAGGUGUUUCACGAUAGAGUCGUUAGUGGCCAAGGAUAAUCCGGUACCGGCGUCCCGCUCGGAGGAGCCCAUCAGGCCAGCGGCGCUCAGCUAUGCAAACUCCGGCCAGAUGAAUCCUUUCCUCAACGGCUUCCACUCUGGCGGCAGGGGCGUCUACUCUAACCCGGACUUAGUGUUCGCUGAGGCGGUCUCCCAUCCGCCCAGCUCGGCGGUACAUCCGGUGCAUCCGGUGGGCCCGCCGCACGCCCUGCACGCCGCUCAUCCGCUCUCGUCCUCUCACAGCCCGCACCCUCUUUUUGGCAGCCAGCAACGAGACCCUUCCACCUUCUACCCCUGGUUAUUACACAGAUAUAGAUAUUUGGGACAUAGAUUUCAAGGCAAUGAAACGAGUCCAGAGAGCUUCCUUUUGCACAACGCGCUGGCCAGAAAACCUAAAAGAAUUCGGACGGCUUUCUCUCCAUCGCAACUCCUGCGGCUCGAACAUGCGUUUGAGAAAAACCAUUACGUGGUCGGUGCGGAGAGGAAACAGCUUGCGCACAGCCUUAGCCUCACAGAAACUCAGGUAAAAGUGUGGUUCCAGAACCGGAGGACGAAGUUUAAGAGACAGAAGCUGGAAGAAGAAGGUUCCGAAUCCCAGCAGAAGAAAAAAGGUUCCCAUCACAUAAACCGCUGGAGAUUGGCCACCAAGCAGGCCAGUCCGGAGGAAAUCGACGUGACUUCGGACGAUUAACAAAAAAAAAAAAAAAAAAACAAGACUUGAAAGGAAAAAGGAGGACACGAAUAACGCGGAUAUUUGCCGUGAGAAGAAGAAGAAUACAGGAGGGUCCAAUAACCCAAUGUCAUAUUUCACAUCACCCAGGCGAUGGAGGCCGGCCGGGGGUCCAAGAUGUCCCCAUAAGAAGCAGGAACAUGGUACUGACUGUCCACCUCAAUUAUACUUUUGCACUUCUGAUUUCCCCCCUACACAUGCACACGCUCUCCAGAUAUACCAAAACUGAUUUGUUAUUAUUAUUAUUAUUAUUAUUAUUAUUAUUAUUAUUAUUAUGAUUAAAAACACUUUAAUUGCAUGGUUAGUUAUUUUAAUUUGACACAAUCAAAAAAAGCAGACUGCAGUGUGCAGUUUUUUCAUUCAUAAUUCUCGUGUAAAAGUGAUUGUGAAAACAUAUGAAGUAGCAGUGCUGCGUUAUGGUGUUUAUUAUUAUUAUUAUUAUUAUUAUUAUUAUUAUUAUUAAUAUUAUAUUCCCCCCAAGAACUGGUUUUGUAAAACAACCAAAAGGUUUUAGGACAUUCCUUUUACGUCUAAAGCUUUACAAUAUGUGGCCCCACGCAGCCUUCUGUCACCACUCAGCGAUGCCACAAAAGGACAAAAAAACAAAAACAAACACAACAACAACAACAACAACAACAAAAACUUCAAGCACUGAGCAUAUUCCAUGUACAGAAAUAUGAAAGGUUAAUGUUUCUUUUCAGCUCUCUUUUACAGAAUGUAAAUACUUUUUUGUGUAUGUGUUAAGUUUGCUACAAUUUUAACACAAAGUAUACUUCCAAGAAGUAUGUAAUUGUCAAUAUUUUGUCAAUAAAGUUUUAUCAAUA